UGCGUUUUUAUAUAACGGAAACGGACAUAAACAACUUUAAAACAAGAACAGAAAGAAAGCAUUUCGUGGAAUUAAAAAAUGACAUAAUAAAUUGUGGUAAGUCCGCUUUUUGUGGCAAAUAGCAUACAUUUUAUGUUAUAUUUGCAUAUUUUCUCCAAAAGAGAAAAACAACAUGAUUUUAAAGAAAGCGUCAUUUUUUAGCUUGUUAGCUUGUUCUUGCUAAGUUUUUUUUUUUUUAAUCGCAUUUGUUUUUAUUUAAGCAAGAAAAUUUUUUGAACCACAAGUAUUGGGAUAACCUCUCACCUCGCCUGAAAAUUGCUGUUUGAAUCAAGCGGAUACAGGUUUUUAUAGCGAACUUUUUCUAGCAUUUGCGCCAUGAACCCAUCUGGUACCUUUGGUAGCUCACAAGGAGGUGCCUUUCAGACCCCUGGUGGCACCAUGAAGACUAGCCUGUUUGGACAGGCAUUUGGACAGCACAGUCCAAACAACCAAGGACUCUUUCAGCCACCCGCGUUUGGACAGCAGUCUGUCAUGAAUCAAGCUGCAGGGCACGGAACCCCCAUCUUUGGACAAACGCCUGUCUUCGGACAGCCCCAGCCUUUGUCCACGGUGAGUCCGGCACCAACGUUUGGCCAGCAGCCUCUCGGAAGCUUUGGAAGUAGCAGUGGAUCAUCCUUUGGACAAACUAAUGUGUCGAGCCAAAGUUCAGUAGUGGGACAAGGUGCUGGAUUUGGGCAGCCCCCAGCAUUUGGAGUGACUUCAGGAUUUGGUAAACAACCUGCAUUUGGGGGUGUUCAGAUGGCCGGCUCCAAUCCUGCCCUUGGGCAACCCCAGGGUCUUGGUUUUGGACAGACUUCUUUUGGACAAACACCCUCCUCCACCAGCAGCUCCACCAGUUUAUUUGGUCAGACUCAAACUAUCGCCCAAAGCAGAGGAUUUGGAUCAUCCGAGUUCAGCUUCAAACCAGCCAACGAUGCCGUUUUCAAGCCCAUUUUCAGUGCCAGCCCCGAGCCAGCUAACCCCCAAACUACACCAGCGACUGGUUCUCCGUUAUCUGCAAGUGGGUCUCAGGAGAGCUCCAGUACAAACCCCGGCUUCUCCUUUUUGACUGGACCUAAGGUAGGGCCAGCGGGCUUUGGGUUGCCACAGAAGACUCCCGCCUCUUCUAGCUCCUCUUCUUUGACAACUGCCGGUGGCAGUGAUCAAACCAUUACUCUUCCAUUUUCCUUUCACCAGCCACCACCCCCUUCCAUUCCCAGCACCACAGCUUCCACCAAAGAACCCACAACCCCGUCAUCUUUUAGCUUCUCACUCAAAGACUUCCAGACUCAACCCACACCUCUCUCAGUCGGAGCUGGUUUAGAUCAGCCCUCAGCUUUUGGUGACCCCAAAGCUAAAGUAGAAACUAGUUUAGAUAAAAAUGAAAGCAUCUUUUCUGAGCAAGGUAACUCAAAUAUAUUUAGAGAAUUUGGUAGGGGCACAAAGCGCCCUACAGUUGAAUCACCAAGACAACAAUCAAAGAGGCCAUUAAUCAGGUCCCGUGGGCAACCAGGAGGGUUACUUGGCAGGGCAUUAAAUGCUAUUCGGAAAGAUCAAAGUAGCUCUGCUAGAAAUGAAGCUCCAAAGGAGACUCCACAGCAAACGGUAACUUGGGUGGAGACGGAAAGGAGAGCAGCUCAACCUCAGGAGGAAGACCUACCUGCACCAUCCUCCCUGCAAAUGCCGACCAGAGAUGUGCAGGAACCUACUGAAGAGUCAAUCUCUUUGGUCAAAACUCCCGAGCCGAAAGUUAAUGUGUCAACUCCCGUGAGUCGUGGUGAACGCAGUGAAAGUUUGGAUAGCCUGGGUGGGAUGUCGCCCAGUGAGCUCACCAGCAUCCUGUGCAGAAAUAUUCCUCCAGCUCUCAAUAAAAGGAACGUGAUCGAGAAGCAUUUUGCUCGUUUCGGCAAAGUUUGCAAAAUUCUCUGCCGACCUGGCAAGAAUCAGGCCGUAGUACACUUUAAUGACCACGUAGAAGCUGCAAAAGCAAAGAAGAGAGGCAAAAUCUUUCAUAAACGCGAGCUCACCAUCCUCUGGAUUAAGAAAAAGCACAGUCCAGAAAACAAAGGAGGCCAGCCUCCAGAGGAAAAGGAAGAAGAAAGCCCACAAAUGGAGUCCAAGUCAGCUUCCUCUCCACGGAAAACACCUCACCUCAGACCCCCUGCUCUGAGCAGCUCCCUCGCUUUAAGUCACAGUUCUCCAGUAAGGAGGGCCUCCCCAGCCAAAGUGUUGCAAUUCGAUCCGGAACCCCAGAAGGAGAUCAAGACAGAGAGCCAGAGCUCCGAGCGCCCCGUGCCCUCCUCCCUCCUCCACCUGAUUGGCCAGGUCGCAGAGACCGCAGAGGAAAAGUUCCGCCUCCUUGAGCAGAGGGACAAAAUCCUGCGCCAAGGUCGAUCCAAGCAGACAGACCUCGAACUGGCUUUUGUUGGAACGUGUCCCGACAUGUGUCCAGAGAAGGAACGAUACAUGAGGGAAACCCGGAACCAGCUAAGUGUCUUCGAGGUUAUCCCAAACACAGAGAUGGUCAAUCACACUGCAGCCAUCAAGGAGUACAGCCGCUCAUCAGCUGACCAAGAAGAGCCUCUUCCCCAUGAGCUGCGCCCCUUGCCUGUGCUUAAAAUGACCAUGGACUACUUGGUGACCCAGAUCAUGGACCUGGGUCAAGACAACUAUCGGGACUGGUACGACUUUGUUUGGAACAGAACACGAAGCAUACGGAAGGACAUCACCCAGCAGCAGCUCUGCUGCCCAGAGACGGUAUCACUGAUCGAGAAGUGCACUCGCUUCCACGUGCACUGUGCCCACCACUUCUGUGAAGAGCCCAUUUCGUUCUUUGAUCCCAAAAUCAACACUGAAAACAUGACCAAAUGCCUUCAAAGCCUGAAAGAAAUGUAUGAAGACCUCGCAACACAUCAGACCUUCUGUCCCAGCGAGGCCGAGUUCCGCCAGUACAGCGUGCUGCUCAAACUCAACCAUGGCGACAUCCUACGUGAGGUGCAGCAGUUCCGUGACGAGGUGCGCAACUCUCCUGAAGUGAAGUUUGCCGUUCAGGUGUUUGCUGCCGUCAACAGCAACAACUUUGUCCAUUUCUUCAAACUGGUGAAAGGAGCUUCUUAUCUCGCCGGCUGCCUCCUGCACAGAUACUUUAAUCAGGUCAGAACAAAGGCGCUAAAAGUCCUAAACAUAGCGUACACUGUGGGUACACGCUCGACACCACUGCCGCUCGAAGACCUGACUCGGAUGCUGAUGUUCCGCAACCCAGCUGAGGCGACCGACUUUGUCCAGCAGUUCGGCCUCAAUGUCACUGAGGGGAUGGUGGAGUUGAGUCGGGUUGUCUAUCAGGAGCCAGAUAUUCCCCUGUCUCCCAAGAGAUCUGAUGUCAUCACAGCAAAGAAAACGGUGUUGAAUGGGGAGGUUGUGAACGGAGGCCCUCUUCCCAACCCACCCCAUCACACACCUCGGAGUAGCUUUGAUUUCCAAAAUAAAUAUCAGGGAGAACCAGCUACUUCAAAUUUCAUUAAAGUCACUAAGGACUUUGCAGCACCACCCAGCACUCACUUUGAGGCCUCGGCUUCUUUCCCGUCUGUUUCGAGUGAAACCGGAGAGCCAGGUGGAUCCCACAAUCCUCCAGCCCAGCUCACAGAACCACAGCAACCAUUCCCGUUCAUCUCUAAACCCGAACCGGUCAAACCACCAUCACCUCCGCCCGUACCUCAGCAGAUGUACAGUGAUGAGGACAUUCUGACUGAGCUUGACUGUGUGAUAGAUGAGGUUGUAAAGGCUGAGGUGAAAGAGGUCACAGAUGAAGGCGCCGCCUACAUCACAGCAGCUCUUCAAGAAAGCGGUGUCCAGGUUGAGUGUGUGGUCAGUGAGGUGAUCCAGCGAAUGUUGCAGGAGAUCUCAUCCACCGAGAUCAAGCUGGAACAAGAACGAGUCGCUGAAGAGAAUCGCAGACUUGAAGAGGCUAGGAGGAGGCAGGAACGUGAGGCUUUCCUGGCUCAGUUCAGCUCUUCUCUCUGCACUGAGAUCAUCCAUGAAGUGUUGGACGAGACCAUACAGGAGACGGCGUCCUCUGAGAUCCAGAAAGCUGUAAAUGAGAAAGCAGAACGUUUGGCCAAAUGCACAGAGCAGAUCUGCAACAGUUUGGUUGAAGAGACUUUGAAUACAGACAUUGCCAUGCUGGUUGAAGACCUUCUUGAAGCGGAGCUGCAGAGAAUCUACAAGUAUAUCAAAAGAUGGCGUGCUGUGGUAACAGUUCGCCGUCAGCUGAAGCGACAGAUGAGAGGGUUUCCUGCUGCUCCCUGCUGUGUUGACCCUUGUUUCAAGCUGAAGGCCCUGGCCCCCAGCGCCCCCACACAGCCCCGUCUGGCAGAUUUGGCUCGUGGGAUGGUCAACCUGGGAAACGCCGGCUCGUUAACGGUGUCCAGCACAAGGUUGCUUGAAAUGAGACAAGGAGCCACGCACCAGAUGAGAGUCCAUUACUACUUUCAGCAGCUGCUUGAGAAGCACUCAUGGGCGCCACUCGACCUUGUGUCACUGGUGACUGAAAACGUCCCCGAUGCGCACGACCGGAUCUUCUGGAAAGCUCUUCUCCUCUUACCCAGUGACCAUGAAAGUGCAGCCAGUGUGGCAAACAGGGUUCUGUCGGACUGGCUGGAGGCUAAACUCGGUGGUGAGCAGCAGUCAGAGGAGCAUCUGGAUGGUUCUCUGUGGACCCUGUCCGUCACCAACGCGCUGCAGGAGAGCGGAAAGCUCACGCAUAAAGUCCAAAUUGCUGUUAAGGCAUCCCGAGGCCCUCUGACUGCAAACAGUCUGUCCCGAGUGGAGCGGUGCUCUGAGCUUCAGGGGACUGGAGCCCUCAUUCUGUUGCUCCCCACGCUGCCUGUUUUUGAGCCGGGACUGCAGGACCAGGGUGUUCCAGAUUCUCUGCUGUCCGCCCUGCUUCAGCUCAGACAGCUGCAACAGGUCAACACCUGGCACUGCCCGCUGCCUCUGGUCAUUCUGGUGCCGGGUCCUGACGGCGGAGGAGCUUACAUACAUAAGCUUGAACAAGCGUUAAGGUUAAACACCCUGAUGGAGGAAGGCCUGAUAUCCAAGUUUACGUUCUUCUUCAUACCAGAAACUACCAAUGACCUUCAGGGAUCCAAGCAGCUAAGCCAGGCGUUGUGCUGGCUCCUGGCGCGGGCUCCGCCCCCUCUGCCUCUCUCAUGCCAAACACUGGUGCACCUCAUAGAAACCAGCUUAAGUCGAGAGUUUGAACCCAGAGUUUAUGCGAACCGCCAGGAGCGAGCCGCUGCACACCUUCCACCCCAAGACCCAGUGCCUGCUAUCCGGCUUUACAAUUCCAUUCUGGAUCAUGUUGCUGACACAGUGGCCUCUGAGAGUCUUUGUAGGCUCUCCUGGCCACCUGGUGAAUUCUCAGUGCCUCAUGCCCGAAGAUUUGUCCCACACCUGGCCUGGAAUUCACUAGAGCAUCUGGCCUGGCUGAGAAACGCCAUCCUCAGCCUGCAGCUGCCAGAAUGGGAACCGCUGCCUCCUACAGGUUCAUGGUCAGAAAUUUGCUCAUUCAUUUUCCGCUACGCUGCUAAGAUCCCUGCGUCACAUCUCAGUCAACCUCUCCUAAUGUCGCGUCUGGAGAAUCUUCUGGAAAGAGUCAGGCUCAAAACUCAUCCCACCCAAACUCCUGGAUUCAGGGGAAACACUGAUUAUAACAGCAGAGAGCAAAGCCCGAGCAUCGGUCAGAUUCCCUGGGAUGACGUGGUGGUGAUGUGCAUCGACCACAAACUGAAAGACUGGCACGGACCAGAGGAACCCGUGUGUGAGGAUGCCUUGACUGAGGACGGGGACAUCCUGGUUUACUUUUCUGCUGAGUCAUUGAAGGAUUUCCAGGCACCUGAAGAGUGGACCGAGGCGGUUCGACAGACUCACGAAGAGAAGAAACAGGAAAAGGAUUGGUUGAGCACAGUUGCUUGUGCUACGUCGGACACUUUUUCGCUGCAACAGAAGUUGUUCCAUACCCAACUGGAUGCUGAUGAAGCAUCAGCAACUCCACUAGACAUCACCCACGUGCCCACAGCACAGGAGCGGAAAGUCCACAAGUUUCUACAGAGUUUAGAGGAGGAGAAGGCUGAAAGCAAGAGGUUUACAGAAAAGCUUCAAUUCUGGCUAAAUGGCGAGCCGCUGGAGCACUUAUCCACACCGCUCUUCAUUCCCUCAUCCACGCUGUUGUCCAUGCCACACACAAUAAAGCAGGGGUCCUCGGACAGGACUGGAGUCUCUCCUUUAGCACAGAGACACGAUGAAGCACCAGACAAAGCAGAGCUGAAGAAGACGACUCCGACGUCCAUGUCCUGGAAGCUUCAGGAUUUGGAGCGACAGAUUUUGUUGGCUCAUGAGGAGGAAGUUUCCUGCAGUUUGAAGCUGAGCGAACUGUUCAGCAUUGUGGAUGACUGACCAGCUCCCAAAGAAGUGUCCCAACAAAUCCAAUGUGAUGUUCUAUGAAAUAUGUUAACUUUGUUUUGUUUUUUUAAUGAGUUCUGUCAAAUUCGAUGUUUGGAAAUGAGUUCCUCUUAAAGUUCUCGUAUUUGAGAGAACAAAGCAAAGAUUUAUACUUCCUUAUUUUUAAAGCUGACUUGACUGUAUUCUUGUAUGUUGGUCUGCUUAUUGAGAGAAAACAAUAAAUAGGACAAUGUAA